CCAAAACUGGAGUCGUGACAAAUUCACACCGAAUGUCGCAAUCGCUAUUCCUCCCCCUCAUAUCUCGUUGUGCCCACCCUAGUUCGACACACGGUCACACACGCCCUUCCAACGCUCCGGUUUCUGCAGUGCUUAGUUUCCCCAAAUUUACCCAUAUAAAGCCUUUCCCCUCCCUUUUGUGUAGGUAUAUAUAUCUAUAUCGCUCUCUUGGACCUCCACCUCGCGCAAUCUCUAUGUCCUUCAUCUUCCGCCGCUUCUUCUCCAGCACAACAUCAACCAUGUCCGACGCCGCUACUCAGAAGGCUAAGCAGCUGAUCAACGACAACGCUGUCGUUGUUUUCAGCAAGUCCUACUGCCCCUACUGCUCCAACACCAAGCAAAUCCUCGACGGCCUCAAUGCCAAGUAUGCUACCUACGAGCUCAACCAAGAAAGCGACGGCUCCGAUGUCCAGGACGCUCUUCUCAAGUUGACCGGCCAGCGCACUGUCCCAAACAUCUUCAUUGGCAAGCAGCACAUUGGCGGUAACUCCGAUCUCGAGGCUGUUGUCAAGAACGGCAAGAACGGCAAGAAGAUCCAAGAGCUCCUCCAAGAGGCGGGCGCUCUGUAAGUCGAUUUCCGCAAGACACAUUAGAAACAACCUCGGUGUUCUCGAAGGACACAACUGUCUGGGUUGAAAGAAACCUCUACAGGGAGAACCGUUGGCCAAGGGGAAAAGCGCUCGAGAGGCUCAAAUGGUGGGAGACAUCACGAGAGCCCCGUGGUGUGCGUGGCGCCAUGGGCCUCUACUUCUGCAUAGUAGUUUUUGUAAUUGCGGAUCGGAUACCCAGGGAUCUAGCAAAGGGUGGCUAUUCGUCUGAAGUGGUUUUGCGAAAAUAAAAGCAUUGGAAUACCCCAACAUCAUGGUCAUACGUGUGCGCAAAGCUUGGAAUCGUGAUCAUAGGAGUGCAAAAACGCGCCCGAUACAUUACUGCUUACAUUCAACCCAAUCCUGGGCUAGAAAGGCUUGUAAUCCCCUCAAUCAAUGGG